UUGAUUCAAUAUUGAUACAGUCAAGUAAAAAUACAGUACAUAUAGUAAAAUAUAUAUAUGAUGUGUUUAUGUAUAUAUGUUUUAUAUCGUGAUAUAAAAAUUUGAUGCGAAAUUAAUUGAUUUUUUUUUUAAUUUUAGUAUAUAUUAAUUUAUAGAUUUAUGUUAAAGAUAUUAAGAUAUAAUACUAAAUCAUGUUUAUUGAUUUCUUUAAUUUUCUAUGUUAAAUUAUUUACAUAACCUAUAAAUUUAUCAGUCAAAUAAUAUGGCUACCUGGAUUACAGUGACUCCGCGGCUUGAACAAGGUUUGAAAAUAGCAAAUCAGAUAGACAACAGUAAAUUUCGCUUGUUAAUAAAUCGUAUUUGUCAAACACUUCAAUCCAAUGUUAAUACAAAAAUAUUCAAUGAAGAGGAAGAAGAAAAACUAUUAAUUUCUUUGGAUUUAAAUAAAAAUGAUUUAGUUUGUCUUUUAGAUACAAUAAUAUUAAUUUAUAAACAAGCUGCUUGCAAUAUUGUAAAACCACAAUUAAUGGAAAGUACUUUAAAGAAUAUUUUUAAAACAGAUGAUGAUAAAUGUUUAAUAUUUUUAAAUGCAUGGUUUACAUAUGGUAAAGGUAUAAUUGAUCAUUUUAGACAAAUGUCUAUAUUUCCUGUUCAGGUUAAAGAUAUUGAUUGGAGUUUAAAUAUUCAAGCUGCAUCUUCAACUAUCAAAAAGGAUGUGCGACCAAUGGCAUUACUGCAAUUAAAUUUAACAGGAGAAGACGAAUCUAAAUUAACAUUGGAAUUUGAUAAAAAAGAACUCAUAGAUUUAUAUCAUAAUUUAGAGAGAAUACAAUCACAAUUGGAUGCUUUUAAAUAAUAGGUAAUUAUUAGUGUUUAUAGUCAUUGUAAGAAAAUAUUUUAUUAUAUGAAAUAUAUUUUCUAAUAUUUUAUAUUUGUUUUCAAUAUUUUUUAUUUAUUACAUGUUAUUAGAUAAUAAUACUUUUAAAUAAAGAAGAAAUUAAAAUUUCUUAUAAAUGUUUAUUCGAAAUACAAGGUAAAAUUUUAUGAUUAAUAUUUCUUUCAUAUUCGAAUAUUUUCAUACUUUGAUGAUCUUCUAUAUUUUCCAACGCGUUCGUAUAAAUUUGGACUUCUAUUAGGAAGAAUAUUCUCUAUAUUUGUCAUAUUUUGAUCAUGUUGCUCAGAAACUUGUAUAUCUAAUUUUGUUCGAUUUUCGAUAUAAUGUCCAUUGUUUAAUUGCAAAGUUUGUUUUUUUUCCGAUGUUGAUAUAGUUUCUAAAACUCGUGAUGACUUUCUGACAAAUAAACGUGUCUUACAAACUA